AUGGGUUUGUCUCUGAAGAGCAAAAGACUAAGACAAGCACAACCGGAGAUUCAGAUUCCAAUGGAGUUGGUGACAGAGAUCCUUACGAGUUUGCCUACUAAAUCCCUAAUGAGAUUCAACUGCGUCUCAAAGCUUUUGUCAUCUCUCAUUCGAUCCCAAUAUUUUACAAACCGUAUUCAUAAGUUCCCAUCACAACGUCUUUACAUGUGUUUAUCCGUCCGCAACGAUAAUCGUAAAACUGUAAUCCUGUCAUCAGCUCCAGACGCUACUACUACUACUACUACUCCGUCUACUUCCUUUGUGGUUAACCACGAACUGACCAUCCCAUACAUGAACCUAAGAAACAUGCAGAGUCUUUGUGGCUUCAUGUGCGAGGGUAACUCAUAUUUUAGAAUGCCUCGAAUCUACAACCCUGCCACCAGACAACUUGUGAACUUACCAACCAGGUAUUCAGAUUCUCGACAAAAAUCCAGGGCAUUCUAUUAUUUCGGACACGACCCUGUUAACAAUCAGUACAAAGUAUGCUCAAUUGAGGUUCAGAAUCCAGAGCAUUGGGUCUUAGUCCUAAAACCUGGAGCCUCUUGGAAAAAGGCGGCUCCGACUUCAUUUGACUUUUGUCCUUAUCCCCAACCAGGAAUUUCUAUCAAUGGGGUUAUAUAUUACAUGGCUUUCGCUGAUAAGUAUAAGUAUAACUAUAUUGUUAUGCUUGUGAGCUUCGACAUUGGAUCUGAAGAGUUCGAAACGAUCCAAAUGCCUCCUAUAGAAGUUACGUCCGAUAAGGUGAGACUUAUAGAGUAUGAUGGAAAAUUAACUGUGUUUGAGCAUACCCAUCUUAUGGAAAAGGGUAAGGUGCAUUUAUGGGUUUUGAAAGAUGUCGGGAACAAGGAAUGGUCGAGGAAGACUUUGGUUUUGAAGCACUCUCAGUUCCAUUUGGUCGAUUUCGACCGUGGCAUUGGUUUUGAUGUAAAAGGUACAAGUCAAAGUGGCAAGGUUUUACUGAUACCAAAAUAUUUUUGUUCUCCUUUACACAUUCUCUGUUAUGAUCUGCAAAGCAAUGAUAUGAGGAAAAUUGACAUCAAAGGUAUACCAGAGCACUGCUUUAGCAAUGGAAGAUACGAGUUUGUCGACCUCAUGUUUAUGGAUCAGAGUGAGAGCAUUUUGUACUUGGAGACUUGA